AGCUCAGACAGCGCCGGCGCGGCGGACAGGCGCACAGAAGACCUCAGGGUCAGGCUCCACUCCCCGGCUAUGGAAGGAGGCGGCGAUCCCCAGAAGGCGAGCUGAGAAAUACGGCUGGAGCGUUCCCAGGCUAUGAUUUGCAGCGACGAUUAUGGAAGUCUACGAGCUGGAGUGGUGGCCCACCCUCAGGGAGCGCUUGUGCUCGGAUGGCUUCUCAUUUCACCAAUACCACAUUAAAUUGUCUCAUCUGAGGACGAUACACAGAGCUGGCCUCUAUGGUAGUCUGCAGAAACUGAACUACCUUUUGUCGACGUAUCAUGACGCCAAUAAGAGAGACAAGAAGGGAAGGACUGCCCUACAUUUGGCCUGUGCCACUGUCCAACCAGAAAUGGUAUUUCUGCUUGUGUCCACAAGAUGUGAGCUUAACCUCUGCGACCGUGAAUGCAGGACACCUCUAAUCAAGGCUGUACAACUAGGGCAGGAGGCUUGUGCGACUAUUCUGCUGCAAAAUGGUGCCAAUCCAAAUAUUAUGGAUUUCUUUGGAAGGACUGCGCUACACUAUGCUGUGUAUGAUGAAGAUACAUCCAUGAUAGAAAAACUUCUUUUACAUGGUGCAAAUAUUGAAGAAUGCAGCAAGACUGAAUGUCAACCACUUUUACUGGCUGUGCGUCUAAGAAAACUGAUAAUGGUGGAAGUUUUAUUAAACAAAAAUGCAAAUAUAAAUGCAAUUGAUUGUCUUAGCAGAUCAGCCCUUAUACUUGCUGUUACUCUUGGAGAAAAAGAUAUAGUCAUUCUUCUUCUGCAGCACAAUAUUGAUGUGUUUUCUCAAGAUGUGUAUGGACAGACUGCAAAAGAUUAUGCCAUUGCGGCUGGGAAUAGAGUCAUUUUCAAACUAAUUUCUGAAUACAAAAGAAAGAAAUAUGAAGAGCUUUCUAUAAAUAGCAAUCCAGAGCCUGUUUCUCUGGAAGGCAUCGACAUAGUGGUUUUAUGCGUAGUUAAACAUAAAAUAGCUCCACAAAGUCUUGUGUACGUGAAAGUGUUCAUAUCCUGGAAGAUUCUAAUUUACUACUCAGCAGUGUCUCCUGGAGAGGAAAAUAGUGUCUUCUCAGAAACAAGCAGCCUUGAAGUGGCAGCCUUGAAGGCUACAAGUGACAAGAAAGAUUCUGUUUCGAAUAUAGCCACAGAAAUAAAGGAUGGACAAAAAUCUGGGACAGUGUCUUCUCAGAAACAACCGGCCUUGAAGAAUACAAGUGACCAGAAAGACUCUGUUUCGAACAUAGCCACAGAAAUAAAAAAUGAACAAAAGUCUGGGACAGUGCUUCCUGCUGUUGAACAGUGUUUAAACAGAUGCUUGAUUGAAUCUGCAGAUGUAGAACUCAUGGAUAUAAAUGGCUAA